AUCACGCCGAUAACCACAGCCUGAUGAGGCUACUGGAUACCUGCGUUUUGUUGUUGUUGUCGCUCCGGAUGCCGCCGUGCAUACAAAUGAAUCGGUGGGAGUCGCGAGACUAAACAGAGUCGUGUUCCUCUCUCUCUAAUCGCUCUACAUUCUUGUGUUCGCGUGGUGAGGAAUCUCCUCUGAUAUUGCUACUGCUCGUGCGCGGGUGUGGUUGAUGAUUCAAGUCCAGCCAGUAUUGUUUCAUAGUGAGAGCUUCCCUGUACUGUACUGAGGAUCAGGAAGUGUUGCUGCUGCUGAUUCAUGAACAAGAUUCUACGUCGUGAUGUGAGAGCUGGAAGUUGAGACCUGGAGCGGAGAAGUGGUCAGUCAACCAUCUGACCUCAUCGGAGAUGAUGAUAUAACAGCUAGAACUGGUGAACGUAUCCUCGUGAGGUACUCUUUCUUUGAUGUGGUCAGAAGAGCAGUCAUCGUCGCAGCUGUGAGCACAUCACAGAGUAGGCAGCAUCUCCCCACUCUUUGCUCCGUGUGAAGACACCACCACCCGCCUAUAUAAUAAUAUACUCCUGGCUGUGAGCUUCGCUGUGGGGUGCAACGCCCAUCCAGAACCGCUGCAAUGACCAUGUCAAAGAUGGACGAAGAGCCCAACAGGGAUAAGUACGAGUCUAUCAAACGACUGGCUAUGGUCCAAAUCCAACCGCCUCGUAACCCCAGCAAACCGUUCACCUCAUUCUGUAUCAAAGACAUUCUCGGAUCUGCCAACAACAGUGACAACAGCCGAAAACCGCUGAGUGAUGAUUCAGAGCCUAAGCCUCCUCCCGUCAAAGAAAAACUACCUCCAGCUGGGGGGAGGCUUAACAAUACGUCGUGCAAUAACAACAACAAUAACAGCAGCAACAACAACCACCUCAAUAAUGGCAACAGUAACAACGGCCAGUCAAACUUCAACUCCAACAACGAAAGUUCUAGAAAGGGCAACCUAUCUCCUCACACGGGCUCUCGAAUGGAAGAGCUGUUCACGGAUAUCUUGGACUACAAACGCGACGGCUUCCGGUCAGCAGCUCUCUCCCUGGCCUCCCCUCCUAGAGCCGGCCUCCUCAACGGCUGCCACAAACCUGUCAUGCCAGACCUCCUAUCUCCGCUGGCCCGGCUCGCACACAGAGACUUUCUCCAGAGCAGACCGCCCCAGAACAAGCCGGUCAACUUGACCACCUCAAAGAUUGUCAGACCCUGGGAUAAUGUGGCAGUCUCCCAACCGUCGCCGCCCACCAAGAUCCCGUCGACGACUCCCAACUCCGCCAUUAUGACGGCUAGCGAGGAAGGAUCUAGCGACGAGGAUGAAGAAAUUAGCGUCGAUGACGACGAGCCAGCAACAACAGCGGCGCCUCUACGGGCUGUGUUGGGUGUCGCCAAGGGGAAAUCUUCUGUGUCCCCUCUGGAUGCUCUUAUGGCCAUGACUAGCAAAACCUUCGAGGGUUUAGAGAGCGCCGGGUCUGCUGACGCCAAGAGAAGAGACCAGGCUGCCCUGUUCGGAAAACAUCAGCCUCCCAAGAAAAGAAGAAAAUCUCGCACUGCAUUCACCAAUCAACAGAUCUACGAGCUGGAGAAGCGGUUCCUGUACCAGAAGUACUUGACACCGGCAGACCGUGACGAAAUCGCAGCCAGUCUAGGCCUCACCAACGCCCAGGUUAUAACUUGGUUCCAAAACCGACGCGCCAAACUCAAACGCGACCUCGAAGAACUCAAAAACGACGUAACUGCCGCUAAAAAACUGUUCCCACCUAGUAAAUCGGUCACGGGCUCGGUUGCGGAGAUGGAGCUACGUAAAGUUCAAGAGAAGACGCUUCGAGACAGUUUUAACAAUGGCGGUCUGCAGUCGCCGUCUUCCUGUUCCAUCGCCAGUUUGAGUGAUGACGCCCACGAUUCUUGCACGCCCGUUCACAGCCCCUGCGAGAAGGGCGAGAGGGACGAGGUAGAUAUGCAGGUUAUGGUCAAGGAAGAUGAACCAAUGGACUUGGAAUGUGGCAGUGCCGAGAAUACCAGUGGUAAUACUGACGCUGGCUGUAGCGUUGCUCAAAAUAAUGACGUGUGCGAGUCGCCUCACGAGCCAGCCCCUGUCGCUGGUGAGGACGACGUAACGAGUUCGAAAUCGUUGAGCCCUCGAGAGAGUCGUGAAAAUGAACACGUUAAUUCUGAUGUGAGUAACGGAGGGGACUUUGUUCCUGCAAGAUGCAGCAAUGAUAAAAGCAACAGCCACCUAGAAACCGAUGUCUCGGCGUGAAAAAGGACGCUACCAAAGAUCGUGUAUAACAAGAUAAGUUAUUCCUCUCUUUGAGCCAAUUAAAAAAGUGUCCUCAAAAUUCGGUGGCGCCCUCUUCGAAAAAGUGCGAACUUUGCGAUCAGAGUUACCAUACUUAUGUGAAAAACAAUGCAAGUUAAACUGACGAACUGUGCAAUUCCUAUUCUUCUUCUGGAGAAACAAAAGAGAGCUUCAAAAACAAAGACUACAGCUCCAUUUGAUCCAAUGCGCAGACUUCCGCAGACACUCUUGUGGCUAAGUGAACUAUCUUGCUAUGUACGAUCUUUGACGCUACAUAAGAAUUGAUUAUCGUUCUUUUUUGGAGGGUUCGCCAAUCUUUUUUGCUUUUUUAAAGCUGGGGUGGGGAGUUGUUUUUUGUUUGUUUUUGUUGGUGGGUGGGGGGUUUUUUUUUGGGGGGGGGAAGUCAUUUGAGGGGAGGGAUAGGGUGCAGUUUGUACAUAAUAGAAAAUCACGCCGAUGUUCUCACCUUUGAUGAUGAUAAUAGUUUUGCUCACAUGAAUGAACAAUUACUUCAAUCAACUUAGGCUUACCAUCCUUGAACUUCUUCAUGACCACCGAGUGUUUGCAAGAUACAGGGACUAAAUUCAACUCAUGCUCGUUUGUUCUUGAGCCGCUUUGAGUUCUGAAUAGACAUAGAAUUGUAAAGGUUGGUGGUAAGGUCUAUUGUCGAACGUGGAAGAUAACAGCAGUACAUAGCUGUGGGUAAUACUCUGCGACAACAUGCGGUAACUUUACUGCUUGUUUCUGAUUAAAUAAUGCUCUCAUAAAUGUUGUUCUCGGUAACAAAAACUCAGCCAAACAAACAAAAUCCAGUAGUUGUCUGGCAAAGAUGUCAUUUAAAUGUCCUCAUGUUUGUUAUUUGGACCGUAGAGAAAAAGAGAAAGACAGAGAGAUGUCUCUAUAGAGAACAUUGCUGUACUUCCUGGAUCCCUGUCUUGGGAUGAUCCAGUCAACAGCUUGUGCUCCGAGUAUGAUAAAGAUGUUUUCUUUGGUUGUACACGACGUAUCUUUGGCGAGGAGUAUAUGCUGUAUCUUGCAUGUACAGAGAAAAAGGUCGAAAACUGACUUCAAUGGCCAGUCAAUCAUGAUAUGUUUCAAUGUGUUACUGUGAUUUUUUAUGAAGCUCAUCCAUACCAGCUUCAACAUAAGGAUGUUUUUUAUGUGACAUAACAUAUUUGUGAACAAUGUCUUUUCGUAAUUUAUUUCUUUUACCAGCAUUCAGUCUCUCCAUUCGUGUUUUCCUUCUACGACACUGUUUACGUCUUAUAUUUCUUCUUCCUUGUUUUUCGUUCAGCCGAUUAGUCUUUUCUUUUACGGGAAUAGAGUUUUUUUGCAAUAGUGAUAACAGGGCUAUGAAAGGAGUUUUGGUUCGCAAAUUUGAGUACCAGCUUUCCCAUUGCUGUAAAAUUAUCUUGCCACUGUCACAAUAGAAUCCUUCAACACUAGGGAAAAACAAAGAAGCAAAGGAAAGAAGAUGUCCUAUUUUCUCAUUCUUUAUCCCCACUCAAAAA